GCGGGCGAGGCCGUUGCUGAGGGCAGAGGCCCGGUUUGGGGUUCCCCGGGCACCCCGUUAUCUGCGUUCGUCGUUAGGAGCUGUUGGAAAUGGUGGGCUGUCACUGAAGUUAAGGUUUGGGCCGCUGUCCUUGCCUUUAAAAUGUCACAGGUUACAAUCUGUGUUGAACAGAGGACUUUUGUUCCUUAUGUAAGCUAUUAAUUGUAUCUAUUAUUAAUAAUUGUGACUUACUGAAUAUAUGCUCGCGUCUUCUGUGGUAAUUUAAUUACUGCUGCAGGUCACGGAUCUUAUUUUAUUUUGCAUUUUGGGAUGCAAAACAGCCAUGUGAGAACCUUCUAGUUUUCAGCACCAAAUGAACCGAAAUCAUGUAAUUUCCAUACCAAAUUCACUUGCCAGUGAAAGUAGUAAGGUUUUUGCAGCCCGCAGUGUCAGCUCUUCCAUCUCUGUUGGCAGGCCUGGUGCCUGGCCUGCUGAACCUCGGCAACACCUGCUUCAUGAACUCCCUGCUGCAAGGCCUGUCUUCGUGCCCCUCGUUCAUCAGGUGGCUGGAGGAGUUCACAGCACAGUACAAGGCAGAGCAGAACCAACCCAGCGAGCAGCAGUACUUGUCGCUCACUCUGUUGCAUCUCCUAAGAGGUACCAAACUCAUUCACGUCGUGCUUUAUCCUGUCAAGAGGUAACAGAAGAUGAUGUCCUGGAUGCAAGCUGCUUAUUAGAAGUGUUAAGAAUUUACAGGUGGCAGAUCUCGACAUUUGAAGAGCAGGAUGCUCAUGAACUAUUUCAUGUCCUUACCUCUUCAUUGGAAGAUGAACGGGAUCGUCAGCCACGUGUCACACAUUUGUUUGAUGUGCAUUCAUUGGAGCAGCCAGAAAUAACCCAAAAGCAAAUUAGCUGCCGAACCAGAGGAUCUCUUCCUCCUAUGUCAAAUCACUGGAAGUCUCAGCAUCCUUUUCAUGGAAGGCUGACCAGCAACAUGGUUUGCAAACACUGUGAACACCAGAGUCCUGUGAGGUAUGACACAUUUGACAGUCUCUCCCUGAGUAUUCCAGCAGCUGUGUGGGGUCAUCCUAUGACACUGGAUCACUGCCUCCAUCACUUCAUCUCCUCUGAAUCUGUGAAGGAUGUUGUGUGUGACAACUGCACUAAAAUUCAGGCAGAAGGGACUCUGAAUGGACAGAGCAUAGAAAACCAGAAAACAACAUUUGUUAAGCAAUUAAAGCUAGGGAAGCUCCCUCAGUGUUUGUGUAUCCAUCUGCAAAGACUGAGCUGGUCAAACCAAGGGACUCCUCUGAAACGUCAUGAACAUGUACAGUUCAAUGAGUUCCUAAUCAUGGACAUCUACAAAUAUCACAUUCCUGUUCAUAAAUCAACUCAGAAUGAUCUGAAUCAGAAAAGCUCCGAAGAGACAAAGCCUGGAACAAGGGAUGGGAUAGCAGUAAAACCUUCAGAUGCAGAGCAGACAUGUGGUACCAAAUCUCUCCUUAUGAAUGGAGCCUGCUCCUCUCCACUCUUAAUGUCCUCGGGAACUUUCCCACUCGCUGCAUUCCCUGAGUGCAGUCCCCCUGUGUACCUGUACCGGCUGAUGGCGGUGGUUGUGCACCAUGGAGACAUGCACUCUGGACACUUUGUGACUUACCGCCGCUCUCCGCCUUCUCCCAAGAGCCCACUCUCUGUCAGCAAUCAGUGGCUAUGGAUUUCAGACGAUACGGUUCGCAAAGCUAGCUUGCAGGAGGUCCUUGCCUCUAGUGCUUACCUGCUGUUCUAUGAGCGUGUUCACUCAAGGGUACAGCACCAGAGUUUGCAGUUGAGGCCUGAAGAGUGA